AUGCACUUGCUCAUGUUGCCAGCUGAGCUUCUGUUGUCAAUCCCAACAUUCCUCAAGAAUGAGAAUGAUGUCAGCUCACUGUCUCGAUCAUCUACUCGCCUCCAUCUUAUAUUGACCCCUUGGCUUUAUCGAUACAAUUCUCGACACAGUGCAAGCUCCUCCAUUUUAUGGGCCACCGAGAGUGGGAACGAGGCAACUGCCCGGCUUUCCAUACGAGAAGGAGGCGAUCUUGGCAUUAGAGACGACAGCGGGCGCUCAUUGCUAUCACGAGCAGCAUAUCAUGGACAUGAAACGGUGGUAAAGGCACUACUUGAGACGGAGAAAGUAGAUAUCGAAUCGAGGGACAACCAGGGCCGGACGGCUUUAUUUUGGGCUGCCGCUAACGGGCAUGAUAAAGUUGUGAAGCUUUUGAUUGAAGCAUCGGCGGAAACAGGAUCGAGGGAUAUUGCUGGGUGGACAAUUUUGUUCUGGCCUGCGGCAUACGGGCAUAUCUCUGUGGUUAAAAUGAUAAUUGCAACUGAAGCAGUGGAUGUGGACUCCAAGGACGCAGAAGGCCGGACGCCAUUAUACAUGGCUGCGGCCAGAGGCCACGAGGCUGUCGCUAGAUUUCUGGUUCAACAGGAAAAAGUCAAUCUAGCUUCCGAAGAUUGUCAGGGUCGAUCGUUAUCAUAUUGGCCCAUGGUGAAUGGGUACAAGAUCGUUGGUAAUGUUUUGGAAGAGGCCAAAGCCUCCCGUGUCGAAGUGGAUCGAAAGAGGUAG